CUUUCAGCUUGUUUGGUAUAUUACAUGAGUUUCCUUUCAGUUUUCUUGAAGUUAGUGAUUGUUACUGAGAAAGAUUCUGGUAAAACCCGGAAAUUUUGGUGGAAGUGCGAUGGAAACGGUUGAUUGUUCCGCGGGCGGCUCUGCUCCCCAAUUAGAGGCUCCUUUCAAAUUUAAAAAGGAAAAGGACGGCACUUUAUUAGCGAUAUGCAACACUGUGGAAGAAAACUCAAAGCUGAUACGAAUUCGAUUCGUAAAAUGUUUCUUCAGUAUCAAUAACAGCUAUUUUGGUGCUUUCGAUCAUCGCGACAAUAUUUUUAUUUUCGAUCUGACACGAAGAAGCUUUUGGAAAUUCGGGCAAAAAAUAUCUUAUUGUUCUGUGAUAGAAAACAUCCCCGGGCAGCCAUUAGAUUAUAUCGCCGGAACAAAGGACGGACAACUGUUGGUGUUCAAUAUCCGAAAGCCAUGCAUACUAAAACGACAAGGCAUAUCGAAACAUCCAAUUGAGGGAGUCUCAUUCAAUUUCAGACAGAAAUCUGAACCCUUGUUCCUCGUGUACUCCGCACAUGAAAUGGUUCUCUUUGGAUUGGAGACGUUUGAGAAAAAAGGUCAAUGGAAAUACAAUGAGAAUAAAGUCUCAAUUAAGUAUGCUUCGAUGAUUCCUAAUUCGGAAAGAUUCUUUGCCUGCUUCAGCAAUGACAAUAUUUAUGUUUGGUCAGAGCAUUCACACGAUGCCAUUCGCGUUGUUAGUCCUCUUCGAUUGAAAAGUCAUUAUAAAAAGGACGAUAUUCUUAAUGUUAUGUUAUCGGGGAAGGAGUCUGGCGAGAGUAGCACACAUUUAGUUGAUAUGACAAGUGAUAUUGGUCAUGAUAUGAUUCGCGGGUGUAAAUUAUCCAUGGAUGGCAAACUGAUUUGUCUAACUACUGGUGAUAGCAUCAUACUCCUCUCUACCUCAGAUUUUGAGAUUAAUAAAAUUAUUCGGACAAACGGCUUUUCAUGUAGAGCGGCAGAAGUAGUUCCUCAAUCUUCAAACAAUAUCCUUUACGCAUUAACGACUAGAAACCAAGUUUUACUUAUAAAUAUUGAUAAAUCGAAUAUAAAAGUGAUGAUGCAAACAAGCAAUGUAUACCGUAUGUCGUUAUCGAGGAAUGGAAAGCUCCUUGGAAUUGUGUUCAAGACAGGGGAGGUGAAAUUAGUACGAACUUCAGUUGGGAUAUCAACACUAAAUCAAGUGGCUGUCUGCGCCCAGGAAAUUAGAAAACCAACGAUUUCAGCCAAAACGGUCGUUUCCAAUUUCCAGUCCGAAAUGCAACAACUUCUACCUCAAAGUCGUCUAGCAAGUAUCUUGAAGGAAUUUGGUGAAUAUCCGGAAAAGCAUCGGCAUCUCAUAUGGUGUACGCUCCUCAAAUUGCCAAACAACAAGAAAGCUUUCACAGAACUCCUUCGUCGUGGGCUACAUCCCGCAGUUGAGUUCUACCAUAAGAUUUAUCCGCUUAAAGAUGCAUCUAUUCUACGGAGUUUGAAACGAACAAUGUCGUGUUUAAUUCAUUGGUGCAAUGCUUUUUUAUAUUCCCGCUUUUUGCCUGAUUUCAUAUUUCCUUUUCUGAAAAUAUUUCCCAACAGUCCAAUGUUGACUUUUGAGUUGCUUAUAAGCAUUUUGCUGAACCAUGGCCAGUUGUGGUUUGAGUUUUCUCCAAUGGAACCUUUGAAUUACUUGGGUAUUGUCGAAAAUAUCCUUACUGAGUUCUGCCCAAAUCUCGCACAGUUUUACAGAGAAAAGGAUAUCGGGGCAAAAAUCUAUGCAUGGCCACUACUGUCAACAGCUUUUUCUCAAGUUUUAGAUGCCGGACAGUGGUAUCAACUCUGGGAUAAUAUCGUUUGCAAUAAACCUACGUUUUUGGUUUUUUGUGUUGUUGCUUACAACAUCUUACAGAAACCGACUAUCAUGUCCUUGAAGACCAACAGUUCUAUCGAAAGCUUCUUUUUUGAUCAAAAUGUAAUUAACGUGAAAAAGCUGGUGAAAUGCGCAACUGUUCUCAUGAACACAUGUCCUGAUUCUCUGCAUCCGAAACGGUAUAUGCAUGUGUAUGAACCAUUGCCAUUAGGAUUCUAUCCAAAGUUUGAGAACUAUCCCAAGCAAAUGACCCAAUUGAAGGACCAGGAAAUUGAAAAUCUUCGACAAGAAAAUGUGAAGCUCGAUAAACAACUGGGAGAGCUGGCGAAAGGCGAGAGUGAAUUGUUGCAACAGCUUGAGAAGAAAAUGAAGAAAGAUGUACACAGGAAAAGGAUGAAGGAUGUCGAAAAGUGUUAUAGCGAAGCUAUUGAACGGGAAACAGAGCGUAUCCGCUACCAACAAAAAAUGCUGCUCCUGUACAAAAGGCAGAUGCGUAGCCAGGAAAUGAAAAUAUUGGGAUUAAUGCAUAAGAGCACUGGCCAAGAGGAUUUAAAUUCACGCAUGGAGGACCUGGACUCGUUAAUGAAUCGAAUAGAGAGCAAUCGCUUGCAGCAAGAAAUGAAUAUGCUUUGUGCCGAGGACAAUCUGAACGAUAAAAAAUUAAAAUUAAUCACUCAAAAGCAACAACUGCAGCAAAAUACAAGAGAAAAUGAACCACUCCAUUCACGGUAUCGGAAUGCAAUUAAAGGAUUAUCUGCCGCGGAGGAUGAUUUAACAACAGAGUUGAAACGGAUUUCACAAAGCGGAACGGAUGAGCUCUCUGUUGCCCGAGAAAACACAGUAGAAAAGAUUAAUCGUUUCAAAGCAGAUUUGGGACAAAUUGAAGCUGCAUUCGUUCGCAGUGUUAAAAAGGAUUGAGAUGUGUGGGAUUAUGAUUUUUACACACCAACUUUAUUAAAUGUAUUCUCAUAUGUGCGAGUUACCUUUUUACAGUAGUAAA